ACCCAAUGGGGCAGAGAUGCAGGAAUAUCUUACUCUUCUUUCUGCUCUUCUGCUUUCAGCCAAAAUGAAGACCUAGAGGAGAUUGCAUCUGCUGAUCUGAAGUAUCUGCUGUUGCCUGCUUUGUUGGGAGCUCUCACCCUCAAACAGGUCAAUCUCAGUAAACGACUAGAACAUGUGCAGAAUGCUCGUGCCCACUUCAUGGACUUUCUGAUGCUCUCAAAGAACUACAAUAUUGGCAAGUUCCACCUUCCACCAACACCAGAAAACCUCAAUGAAAAUGAGCCUACAGAGAGUACUUCUGGGGCUGGCCCAGCUGGCAGACAGUCCAGUCUGGUGGCCAUGGCAUCUAAUAGACAAGCAAAAAUUGAAAGAUAUAAGCAGAAGAAAGAGUUGGAGAACAAGUUGGCCUCCAUGAAAGCUUUUGUGGAGAAUGGCCAAGCAGAGGAGGAACAGAUAAGGGAAUACUAUCUGAUGCAAAUCCAGAAGUGGAUCUCUACAAGCUUGGAAGAAAUUGAGAGUAUUGACCAAGAAAUGGUGAUUUUGAGAGGAAGAAAUGCACUAAAACAGGCUUCAGCACCUCCUCAGAAAUCCCAUCAGCCCAGGAUUGCAAUGAAACCGUUCAUUCUCACCCGGGACGCCAUCCAGGCUAAGGUUUUAGGAGCUGGCUAUCCUAGCCUAGCAACUAUGACAGUAAAUGAUUGGUAUGAACAGCGCAUGAAACAGGGCAUCUUGCCUGACAAAGGCAUACCCCAGACAACAGCAGGUUCUCAUUAUGAGGAGCUGCAGAAAGAGCAGCAGGAGAAGAAGGUGGAAGAGGAUGAUGAAGAAACUCUACAGAAAGCUCGCGGCUGGGAUGAUUGGAAAGACACACACCCUAGGGGAUAUGGCAACCGACAGAACAUGGGCUGACUGAUGAAGGAAUGACUAGGGCAGAAGAGUCUCGACUGAGUGUUCUCCGUGAUAUAGUAGGAGUAGGCUGGCGGGAGGUCGUUGGUUUCUGCUGAGGAUCACCUGUAGAAGGAGACUGAACAAGGCAGUUUGUCUUGUUUUGCAUUAAAUAUCUGAGUGUACAUUAUGAUGGGCCAAAGCUUCAUCAAGUGGGGAUCCUUUACUUGAGGGGUCAGAGCAAAACUUCCAUGGGCCUACCAAACAGAGGGAGUUACUGCUAAGCAAAACGUAUAUUAAUUUGAAAGUGGCGCUCUCUAUUGUUGUCUAUUUAUUUUUCUCAUUUUAAAAAAUAAAAUUUCUUGUGCUGUUUAAUCCUUAA